AAAACUUUUAAAUUCAUCAAGGCGAAACCUUUCCAACCCUUCAACUGUUUUUGCGCAAGGGGACGCACCCAUUGAUUGGUUCAUGUCUGUAUCUUUUUGUGUCAGUCCACACAAUCCACCAAUAAUAUUGCGCGCCGCAAACAGGAUUUGUAUUUGGUUGUGAUGUUGGACGUCAGUGCAGUCAGUUGACAGCAAGUUAGCUAAUUAGCUAGCAAAAUGUUUGCUUUGUAUAUGGCUACUAACUGAUGAAGUUAUUGUAGUAGUGUUACAAUUUCAAAAUCUAAAAGUGGUACUGUUCUACGUAUGCUGUUGUGACAACAAACUUAUUGUAGAUAACACGAUGGGAGAACCAAAUACAAAGUUUGGGUCUGCAGAGGAAGAAAUGUGCUUCUGGAAGGAGCAGGCAGAGAAACACCAGCAAAGGGCCGACGAGGCUCUAGAGGAGUUGCAGGAGUUCCAGCAGAUGAGUCGGGACUAUGAGGCUGAACUGGAGGUAGAACUGAAAACUUGUGAGGCACGAAACAAGGAAUUGCUUUCGGAUAACAACCGACUCUGCAUGGAACUGGAAAACAUCAGGGAGAAGUUUGAGGCCCAGCAUUCGGAGGCCUUCAGACAGAUCUCCAUGCUGGAGGGAGACCUGGCCGAGACCACGGCGGUUAGAGACCACCUGCAGAAGUACAUCAGAGAGCUGGAGCAGUCCAACGAUGACCUGGAGAGGGCCAAGAGGGCGACCAUUAUGUCACUCGAGGAUUUUGAGCAGAGGAUGAACCAUGUGAUCGAGAGGAAUGCCUUUCUGGAGAGUGAACUUGAUGAAAAAGAGAACCUGCUGGAAUCUGUCCAGAGGCUCAAGGACGAGGCCAGAGACCUGCGUCAGGAGCUGGCCGUGCAACAGGUCCAGGAGCGACGACCCUCCAGCAGCCUAGGCAAGGACACGGAUAGGACCGACUCACUGUCGCGGUCCUCACCCGGGUACCCCUCGCUCCCGGCCACCCCCUCCAAACCCCUCAGUACCUUCACCACGCCUGCAUCCAACAUCCGGCGAGGUGAUAACCUGACAGGAACCCCCCUGACCACGUCAGCCCGCAUAUCAGCACUCAACAUCGUAGGGGAGCUGCUUCGAAAAGUUGGGAACCUUGAGUCCAAGUUGGCGUCCUGUCGAGAGUUUGUGUACGACACGUCGACAAACAGGCCGGCUCUUCCGGCAGGGCCCAGCACUCCCUCUGCUCCAGAGGGCUUAGAGGUCCAGGCCAGCAGCAUGAGCCCCCCUCCACAGUAUGACAGCUUGGUGAAGAGGUUAGAGUUUGGACCCGCUCCCCCACGAGGUCUCUCCCAAGGCUCCCAGUCACCACAGGGUGGGGUUAAGAUCCUGCUAUGAGACACACGCAUACAUGCACAUCACUGUACCCCCACAUCAGACUGCUCCAAAGUUCCAAUAGGGCUUUCAGCUGUGUGCCCCCCCCCCUCCACACACACACACACACACACACUCAUUCACACUGAACCCAACAAUGUCCCACUAAGAACUUAAGAAGCCUCCCCCCUCCCCUUUGUAUCGCUGCAUGGGCCGAGAAAAAUGACAUCCUAAUGCUAUCACAUUACAGCUUUUUAGCUUGAAAGAAUAUUGGGGACAUUGAAUGACAAAUGGCUGCACACCCUCCUGUCUCUCCUCGUUCUCCCAGUCCACAGUCUUUAUGUUGUGCCACUAACCCUUUCUGGUCCCUUUUUACCUUGACUUUGUCUUGAAGCCAGUUUGUUUUGCUAACAGUUCCUACAUGUCGAGUCAGACAAGAGUUAGUGUUAGCAUUUUAGCCAUUGCUGCCUUGACUAAUAUUAUCUCCUAAUUUAGUUUUUUUUUUUUGUGUAUUUUUAGCCUUGUCAUGAAUUGGUCAUGUCUUCCUUGUAGCAUAUGUUUAGGUGGAAAGGUUAAAGAGAAGAGAGUUAUGACUAUAGGUAUGUAGCUUUGUGAAAAGUAGAGUGCUCAAGUUCUCAAGUGUCUCAAAAGUUUGCAAUAUGAGGUUUCCACGAUAUCUGUUUAACUGGUCUACUGUAAAUGUUAUUGGGUACUACUUAAUGAGCCAAUGAACUGAACUGUAGACAGUGGUUGAUAAUGUACACUUUGAGGAGUAAGAAUUUCGAAAUCGUAUUAUUUAGGAACAUAACACUUUUUUAGAGCACAAUUACCAGAGAAAUUUGGCAUGUCUGUUGUGAAAUUUUUUAUAGUAUUUUUUUAAGACAUUGACGCAGCAGCCUUUUCUUAUCCUCUGAGUUCAUCAUUAAGGAAGUUUAGUCAGUGCCUCGCUCUGCACUGUUUGAAUGUAUACCAAUGUUUCUGACAGGGAUUAAACCUCACAUUCCACAGAUUUUCUCUUUGCUGUCCUUUGCAGCGAACAAAAAGUCAUUGGAGGAGAAGAGGGGAGAGCCUCACCUUCUCCAAUGAGUUUCAAGGAGGCACUGAGGGGGGAAAAAAAAAUAUCAAGGAAAAACUCAUGACACCUUCCUUCUCCUGCUUGAGAUAUCAUCAG